AUGGAAAGGGAAAGAGGAAGAUUUACUUCACUUAGAUUUGUAUAUCUAUUUACAUCAAUACUUUUUUAUUUUUUUAAUAAACAACCCCAAACAGUUACAUCUGUCAAAAAGACAAAUAAAAAGCAUAAUGUUGUUAUUCCAUAUUCUAUUGCUGAUAUCCAGGAUAAUUCUUUCAUUUUUGUAAAUGUAUCGGAAAGUCUAUCAGAACAUCUUUUUAAAAAAUGCAUUUUAUGCAGAAAUAUUGCUUACAUUAGGAUAUUGAAUUUAAAGCAGGCAGAAAUAUUUACUCAGCUUAAUCUUACAAAUCUUGAAGGUAUAUUCUUUUUUAAAAAUAGAAAUGAAAUUUACGAUUUAAAAAAUAGAAAAUGGAUUGCAAAAAAAUAUAAUGAUGAAAAAAUUAUGUGCUGGGAUAUUUAUUUUUUAAGUGAGAUUUUGAGAUUUAAAGCUUUUUUUGUCGAUCGCAAUAUGAAAGGCAUUGAGUUAAGUAUUUUAAGUUUACUGAUUAAAAUUGUUUUACAACGGAUGGUGUUUUGA